GCGGCGGGCGCCGCACUCGCUGAGGCCCGACGCAGGGCCGGGCGCGCCCAGGGCCGGAGCGCAGCGGCCGCAGGGGCCGCCGAGGGAGCCGAGGCCGCGCGCGCGACGAGCAGGUGGCGGCGGCUGCAGGACGGCUGUUCUCAGUGAAGGGCCGUGCACACGCUCCUGAGCAGCGACCAUGGGCCUGCUCGCCUACCUGAAGACCCAGUUUGUUGUGCACCUGCUCAUCGGGUUCGUCUUCGUGGUCAGCGGGCUGCUCAUCAACUUCGUCCAGCUAUGCACGCUCGUCCUCUGGCCCAUCAACAAGCAGCUGUACCGCCGCCUCAACUGCUGCCUCGCCUACUCGCUGUGGAGCCAGCUGGUUAUGCUUCUGGAGUGGUGGUCCGGUACCGAGUGCACCCUGUUCACCGACCAGGCCACGGUGGACCGCUUCGGCAAGGAGCACGUGGUCAUCAUCCUCAACCACAACUUCGAAAUUGAUUUCCUCUGUGGGUGGACCAUGUCCGAGCGGUUUGGCAUGCUGGGGAGUUCCAAAGUCCUCGCAAAGAGGGAGCUGCUGUACGUGCCCCUCAUCGGCUGGACGUGGUACUUCCUGGAGAUUGUGUUCUGCAAGCGGAAAUGGGAGGAGGACCGGGACACCGUCAUCCAGGGGCUGAAGCGCCUGUCCGACUACCCCGAGUACAUGUGGUUCCUCCUGUACUGUGAGGGCACGCGCUUCACGGAGAAGAAACACCGCGUCAGCAUGGAGGUGGCCGUCUCCAAGGGGCUGCCCGUCCUCAAGUACCACCUGCUGCCUCGUACCAAGGGCUUCACCACGGCGGUCCAGUGCCUCCGAGGGACAGUUGCAGCCGUCUACGAUGUCACACUGAAUUUCCGUGGAAACAAGAACCCAUCUUUGCUGGGAAUCCUCUAUGGGAAGAAGUAUGAGGCGGACAUGUGUGUGAGGAGAUUUCCUCUGGAAGAGAUCCCACUGGAUGAAAAGGAAGCGGCUCAGUGGCUUCAUAAACUGUACCAGGAGAAGGACGCCCUACAGGAGAUGUACAACCAGAAGGGCGUGUUCCCGGGGGAGCAGUUCAAACCCCCCAGGAGGCCGUGGACGCUCCUGAACUUCCUGUCCUGGGCCACGGUCCUCCUGUCUCCUCUCUUCAGUUGUGUCUUGGGCGUCUUUGCAAGUGGCUCUCCCCUUCUGAUCCUGACGUUCCUGGGGUUUGUCGGGGCAGCUUCCUUUGGAGUCCGCCGGCUAAUAGGAGUAACUGAGAUAGAAAAAGGCUCUAGCUACGGAAACCAAGAAUUUAAGAAAAAGGAAUAAUUACUGGCUGUGAUUGCACAUACAGAACCUGACGGUGGUAUCCAAUUAACUCAAUUAAAAGCAGAACAACACACACAGAUCAAAAAAAAAAAAAAGACCCUUAGAAACUAUUUUUCUUAUUAACUGGUGACUAAUACUGACCAGUAAACCUUGAGCCAAGAGUGAAGCUGGCGGAGGCCCGCGGAGGAGGAGUCCAGCCGCACCCCUGCGCGGGGGGCGAGAGCCAGCUGCGGGGCCGGGCACUGGGGCGGCGACAGUGCGGGGUGGGGGGGCCACUCCUGAGCCACGGGUCCCACCCCAAUGUCAUCUCCAGAGAAUUCUGGCUGCCAGAGGGAGCCUUCGGAUGCUUUCUCUUCUUAAACUUAGAUCCCAGUUUUGGUUUUUAUCGGUUAUUUCGGGACCUCAUCCUGGCCCUUCGCCUCCUCCUGCCCUCGCCCCUGCCCUCCCGGCAAUGGGGACACGUGCGUCCCAGGCCCCCAAGCGCUCGCCUGUCCCGCCCAGCCCGGCACCGGCCCUUCACUUCCAGCGGUGGGGUGGGUGCGCAGAGCGUCCCUGGGGUGAGGAGCCCUCGCCGAGAGUCCGAUGUGCGGGGAGCCGCAGCGCAGCCAGGCGCACCCGUCGCACGUUCCGACCACCUGGCCCCGUGUGUCAGUACCUCGCAUCUGUUUCUGUAGUGGAGGCGCCCCCCCAGCCCCCCGAAGCCUUCUGUCCCCGUCUCCUCCUGGCCACCAGGGGGCCGCCCUCCACGGGGCCGCACCCCUGCACCCGGUGCCAGGGGAGGGCUGCCCUGCAGCCCACGGGGCUCUUGGAUGCUCCUUAAAGGAUCGCCGCCGUCAGGCCUCCCUCCUGGAGGUGCUUGCAGACCGUCCGCUCGGAGCUCGUUGGCGUCUAGAGGUUUUGCUUCUGCAGUUGGUCCGUGGAGGGCUCUCAGCUCCCCGGUGGGCAGGAGAGGUGGUGAGCCUCUCGGGUUGUGCCGCCCUCUUUCCCAAGUGGGUGCCAGGGCCCGGGGUGGGGGGCAGGCGGGCGUCCCCCCGGGUGCCCUGGGGCACUGCUCCCCGCAGCUCCCCCCACCAGGGGGUGUCUCUCCGCAUCCUGACUUGGACCACAGCCCCCGGGGGAGCUGCAUGUUCUGCGGAUGGAGGCGUGGGGCUGGGGCCACCCGGCAGGUGGCAGGAGGGCCCUGGGGGCCUGGGGCGCAGCUUGCCCGCCUGCGCUGGACUUCCUCCUAAGACUGCCCGUGUGCUGUUUGCCCGUCACACUCCGCGCGGCCUGCUCAGCGAGGGGGGAAACGCGGGUGUUGGGGUGUCAGCUCUGGUGCCCGGGGCCCACAUUCCAGAGAGAGGCAGCUUGAAUUUUCCAGGAAAAGAAAUGGAGGGAAGAGGCAUGGGAAGAAGAUAAGCUAAAUUAGACAAAUAACUAUGCAUCAGCCCUAAGUCUGUAUUUUGGGAGAAUUUCUUGAGAGAGCACCCACUCUUUAGAAGGGGGACCCUGCGGGAUUCCGGUGGUUGCCGUGGGGAAGGGCGCGGGCACGGCGAAGGGUGAAGGUGACGGUCCCUGUGAGACUCGGGGCUGAGGCAGCCCCCCAGCUCAGAGCCUGCAGGCAGGGAAUCACUGCCUGGGGCUCCCCGCCCCCCCCGGCCACUGGGCUCUGCCCCCCGUGUGCGUGUCACUCACUAACUUCUGGGACAUCCCGUGGCCGCCACAGGGCACAGCCGUGCACCUGCAUUCCCUACCAGCCGUAGACGUAGGUCCCACCGGUAGCGCCCAGCUCUCAUUGCCGGGAUCCGUGCUGUCCCCCCCAAAGCCAGUGUGCCGGGGAGCCCAGCCGGAGCCGCCCAGCGAACCGCGGACGCCCGGGCCAGCGCAGGUCUCAGUCUCAGUGAUCCCCUUCUGAUCUAACAGAUGAGCUUGUGCACUUGAUGCCAAGACUUUGAGAGCAAUAAAAACUACACCAUGAAUGUUUGGGGUUUUUUUUUUUUUUGUUUUUUGUGUUUUGUUUUUUUUUUUUUUUUUUUUUGGUUUAUGGAGGGGGUGGAGUUGCUUUUCAUCCACUUCAGGAGGAAAAGGGAGAGGGAAUUCCUUUAACUUUUAAAAUGAAUAAAUCAGGAUAGUGGUUUUCUUUUCUCUUUACACCCCACAACUGAGCUUCAUGUGUUGCUGAUGUCAGUCACGUCCAAACAAAGGCCAGACACUUGGACCGUCGGGUGGUUGGGGUGCACUUGGGCCCCGCGCCCUGGGCACCCCCCGUGGGUACCCCACGGGCUGAGCUCUGAGCUUGCGGUCAGCACAGGCCCGUGCACGGCGAGUGGAGCUGGGGUGGCGGUCACCGCCGCUGCGUCCAGCCAAGGAGAGGACUGACUGACUCCCCGGUGAGGCUGGGGGGUUCCAGGGCCUUCUCAGGCGCCUGUGGCUUCACCACGGCUUUGUGGCAGCUGCGUGACCCGGGGACUCUGCGGUAUAGUGUGGGCGACCGUCCCCACUGCGAGCAGCUGAGGCGGCGUUGGGGGAGGGCCGAGCAGGUGGGAAGGGAAGCAUGUCCCCGUUGGCCAUAGUCCAGAGCAGGAAGGGAGCCUGGCCAUGCUGCGCUUGGUGGCGGCACGCCCGGUGCGUGGUCCUCCAGAAGGCGAGUCUAGUUGAAGAGAUGACUUCAACAUCCAGCCCCCUGAGCAGCAGCAUGAAGCAGUGUCCACAGCACCGUGUCCUACACGAGGCCGCAGCGGUGCCCGAUGGAUCUGGAAUUUCCGCGUGCCCGUCCCUCCUGCCCCCCCGACCCCAGGGCACGCGGAGCUCCCCUCCCCCUCGUUUGCUUACUGAGCAUUGAAGUCCAUCAGCUCGGGAGGCGUCUGCAGUCCGGCCGCGCCCACGUGGCUGCCGCUGGGGGUCAGAUCCGGGGUGAGGAAGUCGCGCUCUGCAUGUCGCCUUGUCUCUGCUGAGACCCUGCUAGGACAAGCCCAGGAGAACCUUUCCAGCCCGCUGAUUUUUCAGCUGAACUGUUCAACCUUGUGCGUCAACUCAUGCCUCUGGUUCCUCGCCGGUACCUGCAUGCUUUCCGCAGCGCGCCGUGCUCGGUGUUCAGCGGGGUGACGCGGCCUCGGACCCUCCGCAGUGUGACCGGGCCUGGGGCCGUGGCGGCGGGCCUCCCGUCUGGACGCAGCCCGUCCCCGGGCCGUCACCUGCCCCUUCCUGUAGCGAGCGAGCCCCUGCAGAAAAGCAAGCCUCUGCCAGCGCCCGGGCCCUGGGACCACUGGGGUCAUGCAGACACUCAGGCCCCAUGUUCUCGCCCAUCAGGGUCAGGGCACAAAGCCGCAGGGAUGGGUUCGGGGUAGAAGAUGUCACAGUGCGUUCUGCUCCACCGAGGGGUGGCCACACAUCCCGAGCAUCUGCCGCUGCCCGAUUCCGUGCUGUCACCGGAAAGGACCAGAGCAUUUUUAGGGCCCCUAGGACGUGGCCAGAGAAGCUGACCCGCAUAGUCUUUUCAAAGACCACUAAAUUGCUUAAAAUUUUUAAGCUCUGUAAUGACAAGCCCACCUGGAGCUUUCUUUCCUCAUAGACUUCUCAAUUUCUUAACUUUCUGUUGCAAAAGCCAAGGGACAAAGUGGAGCUGUGAACAAGACACUGAGAUGCACUGAGCCGUGUUACAUUAAACCAGUUACUGGAUGCAACGCAGAAAGGCAUCCGAUCCGCUUGUAUUUAUUGUCUCAGACCCGUAAGACUCGUACGUUGUGACAAUCAAAUGUGACUUGCCCAAACGCCGGGAAAUCCCACUGGCUUCUUAAUCGUAAAGACCGUCCGCAAGUACUGCAGCCGUAAACGGGCGUCUCUGUCCUUGGAGAACCACGCGGACCCCUGACACGACCCGUGUGACGGCCGCUGGGGUUCUUUUUCUAUUACGGAUGCUCUGUCCUACCUGACCGUUGGCCAGUUUCAAAGAGUGAUGAAUUACAUACAGGGUGCAAAUGUAUUAUACGGAUGUUUCCUUUUAUACACUUAAUUUUUACAAAUUUUGCUACUCACGAGCUUUAUGUAGUUGAGAAUAGCAGUAUUUUUGGCCUAUGGGAGCCUGUGGGGGUGGGUGGGGAUGGGUGGGGAUGGGCGAGCCACCUUAGGUUUUAAAUGCCUGUGUCCCAGACAUGCGGCCGUAUUUGCCGUGCUCUGUGGACAUCGCUUUGUACGUGGGCGUGCGUGAACUUCCUCAGCAGGGGCACACUCCAGGUCAGAUGCUGCAGGCACUGUGUGUGUUUAUUAACAUUGCUGCUGCCGUAGAGAAGGAGAAAAUGUCCUCAGCAUGAACGAGAGCCACCGUGUCCUCCUUCUGUCCCCUGGUGUCCAGCGUGCUCAGGUGCUCCCCGGGGGAGCAGGGGACCCCAGGCCGCCCACCCGCACGGACCACCCCGGGGUGACCGCUCUCUGGGAGGCUGUCCUGCUGGUUGCACUUUUCAGGCUUCUCCAUUUCACGUAAGAUGCUUUUGGAAGGGGAAAUCGGGACGGACGGUGACCACCUGGCAAGGGCAAAGGACAAGAUCAGCUGGUGCACAAAGUGCUAAGUGACCCUCUGCCUGCAGAUGGGUCUUAAAAGCCAUCAAGAACAAAAAGGUUUUCCAAAGUAGGCAUGUAUAUAUCAGAAAUUAUUUUUUUGUAACAACAAAUUCAUUCUGUGGAGAAAAAAUCAAGGACCACUUUUUCUUCUUUAUAAAGAAAAGAACUCUUGUUAGAACCAAGAGCUAUUCCAGGCUCUCAUUUGUCUGUCUUGUGAAAAUAAAUCGAGCUGAAAGAA